AUGAAACAAGUCAACAUUCUCAAAAAGGGGUUGAAAAAGCUUCAAGAUGAGACUUCAGACCGGAAACGGAAGCUUGAGGCUGACUUACAGGCACUACGACCAAUUUCAGAGGUUGAUGAAGAAUGGUUGGAUAAUACCGGAAAUCUGGUUGAUGAGGAGCGUGUUGUAGGAGAACUGGAGACUGCAUCAGACCUUGAAGCAGCCUACGAAGCACUGGGUCCACAAGAUCAACUUAUUGUGCAAAAGCUGCAGAGGCUUGCAGCAAACGGACAGAAGAGUGAUGAUAUUUCGAAGAAGCGCAAACAUAUGGAUUAA